GUUUAUGUGGGAGGAAUAAGAACGAAGCGUUGAACGCAACGAAGAGUGUCAAAAUCCUAAACUUAUUCAGAAAACAGCAAGGUAACUUCUUCUCCAAGUCUCCUAAAGUCGAUGCCUACCGAUUUCUUAUAGCUUUAAAGUUUAAUUGACGUACUUUUUAUGACAAUUUAUCCGCUGAUUUGACGGAAUUGGAACUCAGAUAUUUCGAUUUUGUUUUGAGUCGAUUGUUUCAACGCUUUUUGGCAUACAUWACUUAAACUGAUUAUUUUGUACGUGGGCUUUUCUUCUGACGUUUAACAUCCGCAAAAUCCUCCAUAUUUGAUCUUUCCAUUGGAGGACUCUUCUAAAGACAACACAGUUUUAUCUGGCUUCUACAAAUUUCUGAUCGCUUCUCCCUGUUUGGCUUUGAAGAGCCUUUCAAGUCAAUGCUGAAUCUGAACUGCUGAUCUUUGAACAAGAUUGUGUUCCAUGUUCUAAGGAUUGAAAAGAUGAAGAACUUAGCAAGUAUAUUUGUCGUCGUUCUGGCUUUGCCGUUUGUUCUUUUAGAACAACAAAAGGAUGAUGAUCUUUUUGUACACCACAACUACAAGCAAAUGAAGGAAUUGUUAGAAAAAUAUCACAAAGAWUACCCCAAGAUUACUCGACUUCACAGCAUAGGAGAGACUGUCGAGGGACGACAAAUGCUUGUCAUGGAAAUAUCCGAUAAUCCUGGCAAACACGAACCUGGCGAACCYGAAUUCAAGUACAUUGGAAAUAUGCAUGGUAAUGAAGUUGUGAGUCGUGAAAUACUGAUUCACUUGAUUCGUUACCUGCUUGAGAAUUACGACAAAGAUCCUGAAAUCAAAAAACUUGUCGACACUACACGAAUACACAUCAUGCCUUCCAUGAAUCCAGACGGCUACGAAAACGCAAAGCCAAAUGACUGUACAGGCGUAGUUGGACGUGCUAAUGCCAACAAUGUUGACCUGAACAGAAACUUCCCUGAUCAGUUUGAUGAGAUAAAAGACCCUCAACAAAUAGAAACAACUAAUAUGAUCAAGUGGAUCAAGGAUGUGCCAUUUGUCCUGUCAGCCAACCUCCAUGGAGGGUCUCUAGUUGCAAACUACCCAUUUGACGACUAUGCUCCUGGAAAGAGAAGUGGCACUAGUCAAAGCCCUGAUGACAAGCUUUUCAAGCAUCUUGCCUUGUCCUACUCUGAGGCCCAUCCCACCAUGCACCUUGAUAAGCCUCCUUGUAAGAAUGACCCUGAUCGAUUCCCUAAAGGAAUCACUAAUGGUGCUCAUUGGUAUCCAGUUGCCGGAGGAAUGCAAGACUACAACUACUUGAAUAGCAACUCGUUUGAAAUCACUGUUGAAGUCAGUUGCUGUAAAUUCCCAGAGGCCAGCACAUUGAAAAAGUUUUGGGAGUUAAACAAGCCUGCCUUGCUUGCAUAUCUUAAACAGGUCCAUACAGGAAUCAAGGGAUUUGUGAAGGGGGAGAAAGGACAGCCUUUGGCUGAUGCAAAGAUUGAUGUAUUGGAUCGCCAGCACACAAUAAGAUCUGCCAAAGAUGGUGACUACUGGCGCUUGUUGCUUCCUGGCAGUUAUGAUGUGCRAGUACAACACCCAGGUCAUCAGACACUCACCAAGCGUGUGGAAGUCCGUGAUGGCCCUGCCAAUGUAUAUMAUUUCGAYAUGAARCCAGUAGAGGGUGGUGAAUCUGAUGAAAGCUUAAAGCUUUCUAAGAAAGAAGAAGUGUCKGAGCCUUCCAAGAGAAAGUCAGCACCUGUAGGCUUGAUUGUGGGUCUUACAGUCAUCUGUGUUAUAGCACUUGUACUGGCUGUCUCACUKGCUGUUAUGAUAACCAAACGACACAGGGAAAAUGCAGAUACAGAGUCUGGUUAUUCACAAGUCUCAACAAAUGCUUCCUAAARGAAUAGUAUUGGUCUUGUAUAUGUUAAAAAGUUAUUUUUGAAUCAUUAUUAUGUUGAGUUAGCCGAUUUUCCUUGGCUUCCUAUCAAUAUAAAUCAAAUUAUAUUAUUAUGKACAGUCAGUCCUGGAAAGAUUGAACAUUCAGUUGAAAAGCCAUAAAGACAACAACAACAACUCCAGAUGAAUUAUAAUGUAAUGAAAUUUUGCAAACUUAUGUUGAAUAUAUUCUUGUUGUAAAUUGAAAACAGAUACAGGCAAAUCAUUUUGUUGUUAUUGCUCUUACGUCUUUACAACUGGACAACCUUUGCAGGAUUGGCUUAAACUUAAUAGUAAAACUCAAGUGUACUUAAUAAUUUCUUCAUUCCAUUCUUACAUACAGUGCAUGCAUUGAGCAUAUUCAUUUUUUAUCAUGAAGGAUCCAUCUUACAUAUAAAAACAGUUGAGCAAACAAAUUUUGAUUUAAUAAUUAAUCAAUCAAAAACUGCCAUAAAGCAUGUUGCCUCUGUCUUCACACUUGUAAGUCCUUUCAUAGACUAGAUACCAUCAGUGGGACCCAGUUUGUUAUCUGCCACAUUGACAGAGAGCAGACUGGGGACUGCAUAUGGGAUUUCAUCUACUCAUUUUAUUAUUCUGUAUACUCAAAGCAAUUCAAGGAAUUGAUUAGUGUGGAUUUCAACUAGAUUUGGCAUCCAUACAAAACCAGUUUGCUGAAUUCAUUAUUUCUGGUUUGGUGUCAAAGUAAUGCAGACCUUAUUGRCRCUGUUUAUUYAAGUUAGYAAUAUUGCAAAUUGGAAAUAUUAUUUUGUUACACACAAAAUUUAAUGUCAUGACUACCUGUAAGCUAUAAACAUYGUGGGUUACAAACACAGAUUAUAUUGUAGCAUAAAGGUGAUAAACUUAAAACUUCUAGUCAUAUAUGUAGACCAUGGUCUAAUGGGAAAUAUUAUACUAAACUGGUUUGGAUUCGAUCUUCAUUCUUUGUGUGAACUUAUAUACUAAAACAAGGUAUAUUACUAAGGUACUAGAAGAUUGACUUUUUGUUGUUAAUGUAAUGUAAUUUUAGCAUCAAAUGUACACAUGAACCUAAUUGCAGAAACAUUGUCUGAACUGUUAUUUAGGUAUUUAGAACCAAUGGAAUGCAUUACAAAACAAGAGAUGACCACCACUGAAGGUGAACUCUUUCUUUUGUAUUGCAAUGAAUUCCCAAAGUGCUAAAGAUCGAUUUGUUGGACAACGUUCCUUUUAAUUAGGUUURGCGACAAAAASUUAAUGUCAUAUUCAAGGGUUGGAAUAACUGGAAUUAAAACUCUUGGAAGGGUUAAUAAUCUAUUUGAAACGCACAUUGUGGAGUUUGCAUUUCCUAUUAGUAGGUUAAACUCCUUUCUCAAGAAAAAACAUAUCCAUACUGCAUAGGGGCAAAUCUACCAUUUAGACAGCCCCUUGGGAGAUGCCCCUUCGUCUACGUUAAGGUGUAUAUAUUAAUUUAUGGUGUAGACUUUAAUACUAAAUUAAAUAGCCAGUGAAAACGUUAAACCCACGAAAAUCAGGUCAAGUUGUGAUUAUAGUCUAAUAGACACGAGAUAAAAGUUGAGCUAAAUAUUGUUUGUUAGUAAWAUUUCACAGGUUUGUGGACACCAGUUUAGCAUUAUAAUUUUAAAGGAUAUUUAUGGGUGAAAAAUAAAAGUCGUUUGUUGGGAAAA